AUGACCGUGAAGGAGAACGCGGAAACGUUUUGGGAGACUGGGCACUGCGAAGCGAAAGGAACGGGAGUUCUAGACGGAUUGGAGGCGAUUUCAGACGUUCUGACCGCGCCUGGAGGCCUCGGCUUCUUGAACAAGCCCUCCAAGAUCGCAGUGGAAAUCGCCAGAGGGUUUGCGCUUGCUGCAGAGUUCGACAACAACAUGCAGACAAGUGCGGAAACGCGCUUAGGCAUCCAGGCUGGAGACCAGGACUGUGGCCCUCUGGCGUAUGGCUUGGCUCGGAUGUUCUGCGACUUGCACUGCAUCCGCAAUGUCGUCAAGCAGGGCGAUGCGGCCAUCCUCUCCAGCUUGCAGCAGGGUGUCGAAUUUCUCCAAACUGAAAUGCGGACACUGUUCUACGUCUAUUUCAGAAACUUGGGCGCAGACUCCACAGCAAGCCUCCUGCAGCAGACAAGCGAGAUCCGCUCCGGCAUUGCCAGAGACGUGCAGGAGAUGCACUCCAUGCUUCAGGCCGACCUGCGCCCAUCCGCAGAGACGGCUGCCCACCGUGCAAUCCGAACCUUCACCACGGCAACACGAGAAGGCCUACAAGACCGCCGGACGAACGCAACGUCGACACUGCAGUUCAUUUCGCAGAAGGUAUCCGCGCUGCAUGCCACCAUGAAGCUCGUGUCCACACAGAGCGCUGCCGCAUCCACAACCGUCGAGAGGAGGACGGCCGCUUACGUGGCGAAAAUGAACGAGGUGCUGAGGGCCGAAACCCAGACCCUGGGGCUCUACACUCGCGAUGCCUCGACGAGCAGGCUUCGCCAGUCCAAGCUCUCACAACGUGCUCUACAGGAUGACCUGAGGGAGCUCUCGCUCAAGUUUGCCUUGCGCACGCUGGACGAAUCUUGGUGGAACUUGCGCAGCAGCCUGGAUCGGUACCUCGAUGCCUACGAUGUAUAUCUGAGGUCAUUCAAGCAGGCCGUGAGCAUGCUGGACAGGUACACGCAAUGCGGUGCGACGUUCAAGGACCUGAAGCAGGCUUACUCCGCUUCCAAAAGGGGCCAUGAUCUGGAGCAGCAGACAUUGCGCGAGGCUUGGACGGCCGCUGUGCCCGCCAUCGGGCUCAUGGCCGCUCAGGUUGUGGAUACCAGGAUGCUCCAGGAAUUGGCCAUCGAUGACGCGGCGAAGAUGAUGGCAAAAAUCACGGCGGACGGCAAGAACGCGCAACGCCUUUGCCAGAAGGACGCGGCGCUUCUCCUCGACAUCGCGCAGGCAGCCUUCAAGCAAGGUCUCUUCGCGCAGACUGUGUGGCAGUUCCAUACUCUCUUCGACGAGAUGACGAUGCUCAGACGCAGGUUUGCUCGAAGCAGAUCGGUUCCAGAUGAAACGGCGCUACACGCAGCUGAAGCAGCUUGGGGAACUUGA